AAGAUUGUAGAAACCAGGUAAAAAUGGCGAGUCAUUAUGAAGAACGCCGCAACAGAAACUUGGAAGACAACAAAUUGAUGUUGGACAAACUGCUGCACGACCUAAAGGCAACCAUACCAAUAAAGGUUGAGAGAACAGUACGGAAAGCAAGGGUCACAAAGUCUGUGGAGAAGCUUCCAACAAGGAGAAACCCAUCUCGUCAUGCGCGAUACACAUCAGCGGGGCAGGAGCACAGCAGAUACUCAUCCCUAGACGAGUAUGGAAUUGCUCACAAGAGGCAAAGACGUGGAUCUGUGUCAUCAUCCAUAUCAUCUUCAUCAUCUGCCACUUCUCCCUCCUCUUCACCAAAUAAAUUGUUGGUAAGAUUUGGGUUCUUCCAGAAGUCAAAUGUACGACCAGACGAGACGGAUGAAACAGAUUCAUUGGACAGUGACGAGGAAGAAGAGGAACUGACUUUACCCAAACGAGCUCAUAGAAUAAUUCAUGACUCUCGUCCGGCAGAAGACAUCACUGAGGAGGAUUUAGGAAUGGUGGCAGAAUUUGUCAGCGAGAAGAAAUAUGACAGCUUCUAUGGUACAUCCUGUCAUCAAUGUAGACAGAAGACUAACGAUAUGAAGACUAUUUGUAGGUCAGGACAUUGUGUUGGAGUUAGAGGACAGUUCUGUGGUCCUUGUCUGAGGAACAGAUAUGGCGAGGAUGCAAAAGAAGCAUUGAAGAAUGAGAGUUGGAGUUGUCCACCUUGUCGUAAGAUCUGUAACUGCAGUUUCUGUAGAAAGAAAAAUGGGAAGAGUUGUACCGGGAUCCUCAUACACUUAGCUAGGGAACAUGGCUUCAGUGAUGUCAAUGCGUACCUACAGAGAAUUAAGAAGGGGGAAGAAAACUUAAAGGAGUUAUGGGAUUAA